AUGAUAACUACAGCAGUUUCUACCACAACAUCUUCGACUACCGCUACAACGUCUCAUAUAUCAGCGCGAAUUGGCGAUAUGAGCGUUUUCUGUCUCGAUGCAGUUUACCUAGACACCCGCGAUGGUUAUGACUACUACGUUUGCCCCUUUAAAGAGGUCGUCCAGGGCCAUGACAUCUCCAUCGUUAGAACACCCACUAGCUACUUGGAGUGCGAGGACCUAUGUAACUCCGAGCGCCUUUGCGCCGGUUGGUCGAGCCCUGUGGGUGCCGGAUUCAAUGGUUGCAAUUUCAAGUUAGAGGCUACCAUCUAUGAGCAGAUCCCAGACGGCGAUCGGCUUCUCUAUGUCAGAAUCGGUUUACCAGUAGAGACCACGAGCACGACCUCGAUGAUCUCUAUAAUGACGACAACCACCACCACCACCACCACCACCACCACCACCACAAUCACCAUUACCGCUGCCGCUGCCGCUGCCGCAACUUGCGCCUCGCUGUCGAGCCCCUAUAGGGCUAGCAACAAUGAGCAAUUCUCGCUUCAGUGUGGCUUCCAGGUCAACGGCCAGACCCUCGCAGGGAGCCCCUUCAACUGCCCCGACUUCGUAGUCUGCCUGGAGGCCUGCGCCUCGGAUGUUAACUGCGUGUACGCCAACUACGACUUCAGGAGCAUCCCCGCUGACCCACCUUGGUUCCCCAAUCCGGUCGUCAUACGAGACUGUACACUGUUCUCCUCCACCAACGGAUUCGUUGCCUUCCCGGGUUACGAUGCCGGCACGAAGCUCCCUUGA